AUGACGGGACACCACUCGCUAGACCCCCACAACUUUGGUAAUUUUUACAGCGGAAAUAACCUUAAUCGAAAGUCGGUGGUGAGAACAGACAAGGCAGAACUCGCCAAGCUGAAAGCUAAUGAGAGGACAAGAUACCUAGCACACCAGAAGUUGCAUGUGUUGUACGUGGACCCUGCUGCUGAAACAGCCGAACUGGCAUAUUUAUCGUAUCAGGACAUUCUUGCUGCUAUUGGUGAAGAUGGUACUGUUAGCGACGAUAGUUGGACUUCCAUGCAACCCGUAUUGAUGGGUGUCGAUGAGUCGGAUGAGAAUCGAGUAUAUUGGGCUAUAGAUGUUACGUCUAAUGACAAGAUGUUGCAAUAUAUUGAGACUAAAGGACUCGGCAAAUUCUCUGACGCUCGCCCAACGUCAUUUAAACUGGGACCUCUCCAGGCUUCGUACGUCGCUCAGGCGCGAGCUCUAUUGGACUGGAAUUUGCGACACCCAUUCUGCCCAAUGUGCGGCAGCAAGACAACUAGUGAGGAGGCUGGAUACAAAAGAAAGUGCCCGAAUGCGUCGUGCUUGAGUAAUGGGCGUGGAGUUCAAAACUUUCAAUAUCCAAGAACUGAUCCUGUGAUUAUCGUCUGUAUCGUGUCAAGUGAUGGCAAGCGUUGCGUGCUUGGUCGACAGAAAGUUUGGCCCGCAAAGAUGUAUUCGUGUAUUGCCGGAUUUCUCGAAGCUGGAGAGAGCUUGGAGGAAGGUGUCAGACGUGAGGCUUGGGAAGAAACGAACGUGAAAGUAGGAAAAGUGAUCUAUCACAGUUCGCAACCAUGGCCAUUCCCCAAUUCCCUCAUGAUUGGAUGUGUAGCAAUGGCCUUGACUGACUCCAUUCAUCUAGAAGAUAAAGAACUCGACGACGCCCAAUGGUUUACGCGUGAAGAAGUACUGGAGAGCUUGAAUGCGUCUCAAACAAUUGACGUAAGGACAGAAGGUGCUCCUGAAAGUGAGAAGCCAGCACCUAAAUUCUGGAUGCCCCCUGGUUACGCCAUUGCAAAUCAAAUUGUGGCAGCUUGGGCCCGCCAAGAAAUCACACUUUGA